CGCUUCUCGUUCUCUCAGGAGCCGACACGAUGCCCAAAAUACAUGUAAAUGUACCUGGCGUUAGCCCCAAUGGCAAGGCUCGACACAUGAAUUGUCGCGACAGAUGGCAUGAACACUGGGCAUCAGUAAGAUAGGAAGGUGCCUACCUCCUGGGAAGAAAUACCGGUCCACUUGCAGAAGGUACUCUCUCCCUCUCUCAAGCACACCGAACACACAGCUUUUCCGUUUGCCCUUUUUCCUUCUUGCGCACAACGGCUCCACGCCACCACAACUGACUCGCCACGACACCCUACAGUUGGUGGCCGCUGCACACCCUUGCACCCAGGCUAGAACUAUCGCUGUCAGUAUGGAGAACUACGAGGGCGAAAACAAGGACGGCUGGGAUGCCGAUCUGGACGGCGACCCCGAACUGGUGCGUGCUGGAGAAUCCACCUGGACCCAAGUUGAUCACAAGAAGCUACCUCUCUUGAAAAAGAAGCAAGCUGCGCCCAUUCUGCCACCCAGCGCGCAACAUCAUCCCCGGCCCCCAUUUCCAGUUCAAAGGCUGUGGCGGGGCUCGCGCGGCCAGCCGCUCGGAGAUUCUAAGAGACCCAAGGCUCGUAAAUUUGAGGCCGAUCCAGACAAUGCCGGGAAGAAAGCUUGGCGAGCGCGCCAGCCGUAUAAGGACACGGUAGUUGUUCCCUUGGCUAUCGCGGGCGCGAUUCGUGAUAACCUGGCCGGCCUUGCCCUGGAUCAGGGCUGCUUCCUGGCGUGUGUGGAUGGCGUGGGCCUAGGGCUCUGGGGUACCUCAUCAGACGUAUCUGAGGCCAAGAGGCGCAUCUUGUCUGCCAUCGGUAAUGAUCGCUCACAAAAGAACUCCUCGUUCCGCAAACUUGGUUCACUCACACCCAAGCUAAGGCAACGCGCCGAAACGCGCUUCAGGAACGACGUGAAGCGUAACUGCUAUCGUCAGAUUCCCCUACCAGAGGAGCUUUUUGAUGCCAUAGGAACCUUUCACUGGCCGCAUCUGGAGUACAGGCCAGAGGAUGUUCUAGGCCCAAGCUACGAAGCACUUGAUCCAGUCCGCAUGGACUGCGAGUGCUACAUCAAUUACCACUCGGAUAUCCACUCGUUCCUCGUGUUGGGUGGGUCCAAGCAAGUGCAGGCAGCUCUGCUGCGUAUCCGCAGAACCUGCUUCCAACUAACAGCUCAGUCGAUCAAUCCGGUCAGACUUGCCUUGACACACUGGCGAGCGUCAAUUGUGCCUUCACUCGUCAGCUUGGAGCCAUACUACGGACCGAAUACCAUUACAGCGUCCAUUGAAGAUGUCAAAGACGUCGACUACUCUCCUCGUGGUGAAGUCGCCGUCACAGAUGCAAGCGCGCUGGAAGACGCAACGAAGCGCUCCAUAUUGAAUGUCGAGAGGGCAAGGAUGACGCUUGAAAACGCUCUCAAGAAGAUACACUUCUAUAUUGGCACGAUCACUCUAGUAAUUCGCCUGGGCACGUUCGUGCUUCGACAGUGGGCUCCCCCAGAAGCUGGAGUAUAUGAGCUGGAAGAGUAUGAAGACAUGACAAAGGAGUCGCAAUUUAGAGGUGAAGUCACUGAAGAACUUGGGAAUGUGGAUGAUCAUGUUCUCCCCUUGGUUCAAGCCGCAAACAAGCUUUUGGUGCCACAAGACGUAAUGACUGCUACUCUUGCAGACGUGAGGCCAAAAUUCUCGGCAGUCUUCUCAUUUGAAGACGGAGCUGGAGAUUUACUUCUCAUAAAGUCAUGGCAUGAGGAGGAAGGUUCUGAAGCCUCUGUGGAUCAGCUUGUGGAAGGGAAAGACCGCUGGGUGCGCGUCGACCGUGACACUGGCAAAGCUACUCAUUUGGCGACUAUCGCGUUGACUGAUCUGCACACCGGGAGCGCGUGGCAAUUCGAUAUUACUGCCACUCGUGCUGUGGAUGAGGCCAAGAUCGAGCACGCAUAUACUGAUUUCUCAAAAGGCGUCAAGAUCAAGCCUGACGUGGCGCUGGGAUCUGCGAAUGAGCGUUUCGUGAAUUGGAAGUCAGUUGUUCCGGUCAAGUCAUUGCGGCAAGAGGUGCAGUACCGCUACAACAUUGCGCAGACGGACUACACGCUGGAUCUUGUGCGCUUCCAGGAUAGCAAAUUCCCAGCAGGCCAGUCCACGAUCAGGAAGUUGCCUCCAGAGGUAUCCAAGAGUUGCUGGGGCCUUAGUGUCUCAAGAGCAGAAUGGGCCACCAUGUUCUCCAAGAAUGAACGCCUCCCGAUCGGCACGUACGCCGACUGGCCAGAUGACAUGGCAACAUGGUUUCCUCCGGAUUUUGCUUGCGAUUCCGAGAGCUCUGACGGCUUCUUGCAGCUCGUUAACAAGCUCGAGCAGAUCGACAAACUUUUCCAUCCGAAGCGCGAGAACGGUAAGCAGGGCCAAUCCGACCUGCCAGAAGUCGUGAAUCAGGAAUGAGGCUCGCAGAAUGGCGAUCAGCCAUAGGAUUUUCUUGAUCUGGCGACAGCCAAUUGAUGAGCGCUAUCGCAACGGAAGGAGCUGCACCGAUCAAAACGAUACCGACGAAGAAGAACAGCUGAAGCAUGCCAGUGAAGCACCUCAGCAUACACACCAGUCGGAGCAUGCAGAAGUCAGGGAUGAAUGUGUAAGGUCUGAAAGCUCACAGAGGAG